UGGCGCCAGCUGGUGCAAAGUCGGGCGACGUUGUCGUCAUCCGCGGACCGAGCGCAUUCGUCAAGGACCAGGAUGCCGCACCACUGGCUCCGCCCGCUGCUGCUGCUGCUGCUCUUGGUUGCCGAGACGCACGCCAAGUGGGCGCCGACCGAGAAGGACACGUUCUACAUUGGCAACGACAUCAAAGUCACGCACCAAGCGUCGCCAAGCUCGUGCAAGCGCGACUGCGCCGCCGUUGUUGGCUGCGUCCUGUACGUCUGGGAGCCGCGCGACGGUGGCGUGUGCUUGCUCAAGAGCCACAAGGGCGUGCAGGCGCCUCUGCCCGGCGUACACGCCGCCGCCCUCGUGCACCAAUCGAUCAACGCCAAGAACUUGGUUCCGCGCGGUAGGCUCGACCACGUCGCGAUCGAGUUUGCCAUUUAUGGCGACGCGCCGCUGCCGCGCGUGCCCUAUCACUACGUAGCCGGUGCGCAGUGGAACGUCUUCUUCCCAAGAGCGCUCUACACGGCGGUCUUUAACGCAAGCGAGCGCGUCUUUGAUCCUGAAUACACGCUGUCAUCGGACGCCGAAAUCCCGUCGCCGUACGCAGGCGUCGAGUCCGUUGGCGAGUGUGCGCGCAUUGCCGCGUCGCAGGACUUUGCCUUCUUCACGUACCUCCCGUCGCCGCAGCUAUGCGUGCCGGCGGCCUUCUCCAAUACGAACCCGAAUGCCGACCGCGCGGCCGUCUUGCGGCAUCCAAUGGCAGGCGCCCACGUCACAAUGACAUACCCGAAGGAAGUGCCGUCGUCGUUCACGCAGGCGGCGCCCAACGCCACCAGUGCUGAUGCGUGCCUCGCGGCGUGCGAAGCCGCGGUCUCGACCUGCGUCGGGUACCACUUUACAAAUGGGUCGUGCGCGCUUGUGGCGCCGCGGCCCGCGCCUGCCGACGUCGUUGCUGGCUGGGUGCACCAAGACAUUGCCCAUGAAGAGGACGUCAUGAUCCGCAUGGCGUUCAUGCCCGGGUUUGCGCUCACGGGGUACGUCGAGCGACAGGGCCCGAAGAAAGCGUCGCGCUACGACUGCGGCGAGUGGGUCGAGAUCACGCAGCACACGUUCUUCCACUACGACGAGGCGACGGGUGCCUGCGCGUACUUUGAUCCGGCACCGUCGUCGGCCAACAAGACGAUCCAGCUCCAGUACUCGCGCAACGAGCUUCUGCAGCUGCCAGGACAUCUCCCAACAACACCGAUUCUGGCGACGCUCUCAGCCCCGAGUGCGGCUGCCUGUGACGCGCUGUGCCUCCCGGCCAAGGACAAUUGCUUUGCAACCGUCUAUGACGCGGUGACACGCGAGUGCGUGCUGCACACGCCGGCUCACGACCCGGCGCGGACGCUGGCGUGGCUCGCGCCGCGAAAGCUCCUCGACAAUCUGCAAACGGUCAACGAAGCGCACUUUUUCAUCACCGCGCACCAAGACGACCACGAGCUCUUCAUGGCCGAGACUGUGCUACAGCGUCUCAACGCGACCAACUCCAAAGCCGUCUUUAUCUACGUGACGGCGGGCGACGCCAACGAGACCAACGGCUGGUGGGAAGCGCGCGAGACGGGCACAUUGGCCGCGUCCAAAGCGUGGGUCGAGGCGCUCGGGCUCUUCAACUCGCGCAUUCGCAUCGAAACCAUCUUCCUGGCGCAGCACAGCGUGCACAAGGCGACGAUCGGCAACGCCGUGCACUACUUCUUGCGGCUCACCGAGGCCGCGGUCGAGGCGUUCAUGGCCCACAAGAAGAUACCUGCGGUGCCGCCCGUCGACCGUCCGAGCGAGCGCUACCGCAGUCUCGACGACAUCAAGGACGUCUUGCACGCCAUCAUGCAUCGCGAGAGCAAUCGCAUGCCGACCGUGACAGUCGCGACGCACGAGUUCCAGGGGUUUGCAGCCGACGACAUUGGCGUCGACCACGAGCUGCACGAGCGCACGGGCGAAAUGGUGGACGAGAUUGUGGCCACGUCGCGUGACUUUGGCCAGUGCGUCUCUCAGACGUUUUACUAUGGCUACCAGCGCUGGCUGCACCCAAGAAACAUGUCGCCGGUCGCCACGCGCCUCCAGCGCCACGUGUGGGCGAGCACGUCGAGUGAUAUGUUUGACGAGCACAAGAUUUUCUACCCUGUUUGGCUCGACCACGCGCAGCACCUCGGCCGAGAGUACGUCUCGCGCACUAUCUCCGUCGACGGCAAGUGCUCCGUCAACUUUUAGACUAGGAACUGCUUGUGUCAUUUGAAUUUUAUUAACGUGGUGCUGGC